GGAAUCGUUUUGUUAUUAGGGACGCGUCCGCUCAAGGCUUUUGAGUAAAAAGUGAAACUGGAUUCUCCUUGGAAACAAAAGAGAGCUGCUUCAACUUAUUCUUGCAAAAAGACUGGACUGGACUUUUAGUUCAGCAACAAACAUAAGGAGUUGAAGAAUUCAUCUCCUCUGAAAGAUUGCAAGACUCGAUUUUUAGUUAUUUUGAAGGUAAACAGUGUUGAGGAAUUGAUCUCCUCGGCAGAUUGCAGAUUGCAGUUCAACUUGUCUGCAGAUUAUUGACAUUGUCUUGAAGUCGAAAUCCUUUGUUGGGAUGGCAUUGGUUGUUAUCUGUGGCCAACCAUGUAGUGGGAAGUCGACUGCCGCAACCUCUCUUGCUGAAGCUCUUAAGGAAACAGAGUCGAAACCAUUAGUCAGAAUUAUAGAUGAAACUGCUUUUCAUCUUGAUCGCAACCAAAGUUAUGCUAACAUGCCUGCUGAAAAGAACUUGAGAGGGGUACUGAGGUCUGAAGUUGACCGAUCUUUGUCUAAAGAUAACAUUCUUAUCGUAGAUUCGUUAAACAGCAUAAAGGGUUACAGAUACGAGCUGUGGUGUUUGGCUCGCGCAGCAGGAAUCAGGUAUUGUGUGCUCUUCUGUGAUGCCGAUGAAGCCUGCUGCAGAAAGUGGAAUGAAGAACGCCGGGAAAAACAAGAACCUUCCUACAAUGACGAUAUUUUCGAAGAUCUGGUGAGAAGGUUUGAGACACCAGAGAGAAGAAAUCGUUGGGAUUCACCUUUGUUUGAGUUAUGGCCAGCAAGGGAAGGAAUCGAAAAGUCUUCCGGUGCUAUUGUUGAUGCUGUUACAUAUCUGACCAAGAAAGUCGACUCAAAAACCAGAGAUGUCAAAAUUCUACAGCCAACUAUAGCUACUCAGACUAAUCGGAGUUCAGAGGCAAAUUCUCUUUAUGAGAUGGAUAAGGCUACACAAGAAGUGAUCAAUGUUGUCAUAGAAGCCCAGUCUAAAGCGCUUGGUGGUCCUAUCAAUAACUUGUCACUCGGGCCUCAAUUACCUAGCAUCAGCAUUUCACAGCCUGUUGGGUUGCCAGAGCUUCGCAGGCUGCGACGAACUUUCUUAAAAUUAACCGGUCAAUCCAGUUUAAGUGGUCGCCCUCCACCUGCGGAUGCAGAUAGUGCAAAGAGAAUGUUUGCAGAUUAUUUAAACAGGGAAUUAGGAUCUGUUUAGAGUUUGAUACGACGCUUCUCCUUAUAAUUGGGAAUGCCCGGUAUGAAAUUUUCGUGUUGUGUUUUAUGUGAUUCUGUAACAUGAUUUUUUGCAGGUUUUAGUGUUUUCUGGUUUUAUCAGCCCUAUCAUAUCUUUUUGUCAUGUUCUACUUUUUGUAUUUUGCAACCCAUAUUUUUUUUUUUAUGGGUAGAAGCAACCCAUAUUCAUGUUGCUUAUCGAUUCAUGGUGAAGAUGGUCUUAUAAAUAUGUCUUAAUACACAUGGCACAACUCAUUUUGCAA